AUGUUGGAUGGCCGUGGAUCGAGUAAUCGAGGAACUGAUUUCGAAUUUCCCAUUUUCGGCCGACUUGGACAGUGCGAAAUAGAGGAUCAGGUUGAGGGAUUAAGAGAGGUGGCGCAGCUCAUGGAUGGAAUGUUGGAUUUGUCGAGAGUUGUUGUUCAAGGCUGGAGCUACGGAGGCUACAUGUCGCUACUGGCUUUAGCUAAGUUUCCCAAUAUAUUUCGUGCUGCUAUAGCUGGGGGAGCUGUGACAGAUUGGAAGCUUUACGACACAGCUUACACGGAACGAUACCUUGGCUAUGGAGGCGAUCGAGAUCCGUUCUACGACGAGUCAUCUGUUAUUAAGCAUGUUGAAAAAUUACCAGAUCAG